ACAAAACCCAACUUAUAUUUUAUCUGUUAGAUCUAUUGUGUAUUAGCCAUGUUUGUGAUAUGGGAAACACUAUUAGUAAUUUUUAUUGUGUAUGCCUUAUAUGAGCUGCUAAAUAUUUAUAAAAGAAAAAAGUUUCCUCCAGGUCCAAGGGGGCUUCCCAUUCUAGGACAUCUUCAUUUGUUAGGGGAAAAACCACACCAAGAUUUACAAAAACUAGCCAAGAAACAUGGUCCAAUUAUGCAUAUGCGACUAGGAUUAGUACCUACAAUUGUUGCCUCGUCUGCUGAUGCAGCUGAGAAAUUCCUCAAGACAUAUGAUCAUAUCUUUGCCAGUAGGCCUCAUAAUGAGGCAGCUCACUAUUUGGCAUAUGGCCAAAAGGAUGUGAUAUUUUCAAAGUAUGGAUCUUAUUGGCGUAACAUGCGCAAAUUGUUCACUCUGCACCUUUUGACUAAUCAAAAGAUCAAUUCGUUUCAACCCAUGAGAAGGCAACAAGUUGAGCUUAUGAUUGAAUCACUUAAAAAUGAAGCUCGUGAUCGCGUUGUUGUUGAUCUUAGCGCAAAAGUUGCAUCCUUGAAUGCGGACUUGGCUCUAUUGAUGAUGUUUGGAAAGAGGUACACGGAUAAAGAUUUGGACAAUAGGGGAUUCAAAGCUGUACUUCAAGAGGUUGUCCAUUUAGCUGCAACACCAAAUCUUGGAGAUUUUUUCCCCUUCCUUGGUGUAAUUGAUCUCCAGGGACUCACUCGCCGGCUCAAGGAUCUUUCAAAGGUGUUUGAUGAGUUCCUUGAGAAGAUUAUCGAUGAAUGCGCCGAGUCUAACGACCAGAAGCAGUCCAAAGACUUUGUGGGCACCAUGUUGGACAUUAUGCAAUCAGGAGAAGCGGAAUUUCAGUUUGACCGUAGCAAUAUAAAAGCUAUCCUCUUUACCAUGAUUGUUGCAGCAAUUGACACUUCAGGGACAACAAUAGAUUGGAUAAUAACGGAGCUUCUUAGGCACCCUCAUGUGAUGAAGAAACUACAAAAUGAGUUAGAACAAGUGGUUGGACUUGAAAGAAUGGUAAAAGAAUCAGACUUGGAGAAUUUGAAGUACUUAGAAAUGGUUGUAAAAGAAGGCAUGAGGCUGCAUUCCGUAGUGCCACUGUCGCAACGUGAGGCCAUGGAGGAUUGUGUAGUUGAUGGCUUCCCCAUACGAAAGGGAUCCCGAGUUAUAAUAAAUAAUUAUGCAAUUCAGAGGGAUCCAAAUGUUUGGCCCGAGCCUGAGAAGUUUUUCCCGGAGAGGUUUGUUGGGAGCAGUAUAGAUGUUCGUGGACGUAACUUCCAACUUUUACCAUUUAGCGCUGGCAGAAGAAGCUGCCCUGCAGUGCAAUUGGGGAUUGUCGUUAUCCGCCUUGUGGUGGCACAAUUGGUGCAUUGCUUUGAUUGGGAGCUUCCAAAUGAUAUGCAGCCUUGUGAUUUGGACCUUGAUGACCACUUUGGGGUUGUAACAUCGAGAGAAAAACAUUUAAUGGUUAUCCCUUCUUAUAGAAUAAACGAGUGAUGAAAAGAUAAUUUUUCAUUUAGAUACCAGGAUUGUACUUUAUGAAAACUUCUACCUCAUCUAGGGUUCUAGUUUUACGCAGAACUUCACCGACUAUUCUGCAUAUUUUAUUUUAUUUUGUUUUACUUAAAGAGGGAGUUUGAGUGAUGAAGCACGCAUAUGUCUGCUUCAAUUUUACUAUAUCAUUUUAAAUAAAUUAUUAUAAAUUAUUUAUAUAUUAAAAAAUUAUUAAUAAUAAAAAUAGA